GAGCCUUGUCACAAUCUCUACCGUUGGUUUCGGCGAUAUGGUGAGUGAAAUCAAUCAGAAAUGAUGAAAAGUUCCCUUCAAGGUUCCCAAGACGUACCUCGGGAUGAUCGUCGGAUCUCUCUGCGCCCUGAUGGGAGUUCUCACCAUCGCUCUACCUGUACCUGUGAUCGUCUCCAACUUCUCGAAUCUCUAUUCGCACUCGCAGGCCAGGUUCAAGCUGCCCAAGAAGCGGCGGCGAGUCCUCCAGGUUCGAUCUCGAUGUGUCGCUCAAUGGUUUGGGAAUGAAGGAUCAGAAAAGUAGAUAUAGUCUGUUCGCCGCGACUUGAAGUUUUACGGGCGUCUGCGUCUUUGUUCUCUCACCAGUAAGGUCAGAGAGACAUGAAAAUAGCACGAAAACAUGAGAGCGUCUCCGAGAGUUGAGGAGGGCACAGAGAAAUCCCAGACUUUCAAGUCGCGAAAAACGGAGUAUACUGGGAAAGUUCUUAGCGACCACUGUAGUAGUCGAAGUAGUGACCACUUGAGGGAUUAAAUAUUUGCUGGAACCUUGGGAUUUUUGAAUGGGCUCUUUAGUUUUAAAGAUUUCGAUUGAAACUUUAUUAAAAGUUUCAGUUUAUAGAGUAGAGAUUCUCACUUUGCUUAGUUCAAAGGCACAUUGACUAAUUAAUGCUCACUUGAAAGUAUUUAUAAAUAAAGAAGAUUUUUUGAGAACAAUUUCACAAAAAUAAACAGUUUUAUUGAAUAUUGCAGGCUCACGAAGUGAAGCCGAACUUGCUGAGCGUGAAGAGCCACCACGGAAAGCCAAGGAAGAAGAGUUCCUCGACAAAUGUCAACCAGCAGCCGGUCGUCAACAAGAAUCUCAAUGGGGCGCCCUUGCAGGACCACUCCAGAAAACUCAUUGCCUAAAACCUUCUCAAGAAUUCUCUUUUCUUAGGUUUUUUCAGUUUUUCUAGUCUUUCAUUUUUUUUUGUACCUUGAUCUCCUUAGACCAUACCUAAUCACGUAAUUCGAGGUAUUUUAGUGUUUCUUUUAACAUUUUCUUUUCCUUUUUUUCGAAAGCAUGUAGAGAACCAUUUAUUUGCAUGAUCGCUAUGAUGCAAAACGUAGCCUAAAUUUUCAAAGUUAAUUCAUUUUUGGCUUGAGAUAAUUAUUCACUGUAUGUAAAAUAAGCCAUUUUCAACAUUUUUAUGGAUAUCAUCGUUUGAAUGAUCAGAGUCUCAAAUCAACGGUGAAUCAACUAUUUUUGACUUUCUUUUUUUUUCUCAGAAUCUCUUCUAAAUCUGAUUUCUUGAACCGACUUGGGACAUCUUGGUCGCAUUUAGAAUGGCUCACGCCUCAUAGUUUCAAUCGAGUCAGCUCUAGAAAAUACUCUUCGAUGCCACUCCGCGCAAACCGUUUUGGGUCGGGCGAAAAGUGACAGCUUUUAGAGCCAUUCCCCGUGCGACCAAGAGGCAAGUCGAUCAGCAAAAGAACAAAUUUUUCACAAUAAUUGCGGACCCUUCCUACGAGUAUUCAUUCAUUCAUUGAUACUUUUUUUAUCUUCAUAAUAAAUAUAUUAUUCAUUUAUAUUCAGUAUAUUUCGUGGAAAUCAAAGUGAGGUGUUAGUUUUGGCCUUGCAUGUCGUCAUUGGAGCAUAAAUGGUGCACGGGAAACGCUUCUUGCCGCGACUAACACCACCGAGCGGAGAAAUGUCCUUGUUCGCCUUGUCCUUCCGUCCAAAUCGCUUCUCUUUUUUGUCUCUCGGAAGAUAUUUCGAUCUUUGUAGCUUUCAGAGUAGCCGAUAUUGUAUUUCUGGAGACAAAGUUUCACUACAACUUGUUCUUUUUGUAGCUAAACGUCAUUGAAAACAGAAAAACAAGGCUUGGUGUUUGUUUCUCAUCGAGAAAGUUCAGUUUCAAUGGAAAAUGUGCUCCAACGAAAAAGAUAAAGAUUUUUCCAGGUGAUCUCCGUGGUGAACAUCUUCUUCGUCAUCAUUUCCAUCGUCUGCUUCUGUCUGAAGACGCAUCCGUCCUUCAGAAUCCCGGACAUUGACGUCGCCACAUUCAAUUCUUCUUCCUCCACCACUCCCAUCUAUGUCGGCAAAACUGCCACCAGGUUUUUUUCGAAGUUGUUCAUAGCACCUCAAAGAAAAAGAAAAUAACCUAUUUUUAAGUUAGAAAUAAGAAAAUUACUGUUUUCGGAAAAAAAAGAUUCCUUUCAAAAAUUUUUUGCUAUAGUCUGUGUGCCAAGACUUGAAAUUUCACGGAACGACACUCCGCUGCGCCGUUGCGAGCCUUUGCGAACCUUGGUCGCACUUUUAAUUUUUUUUUUUCUUUUUAUCAAGGUACUCUACUUUCAUGGGCUCCCACAGAAAUAAAAAUCAAUUGAAAUGGUGACCUAGAUUCGAAAGACGCCUCGCAAACGCACGCAGCGGAACACCGGAAUGUCGUUCGGUGAAAUUUCAACUCGUGGCACUCAGACUAUAACAGAUCUUCAAAAACAUAUUUAUUCUCAAUUUCCUUCAGUGCCCAUCCAUGGUUCUUCUACGUGGAACUUCUGUCGAACAUCUGGUUUUCCGGAGAGUUCCUGACAAGAAUGAUUUUCUGUCCGAAAGUCGACGCCUUCCUCAAAACUCCUGUCAAUAUCAUCGACUUCAUCGCCACCGUCUCUUUCUAUAUCGAUUGGGCGCUCGAUCGCGCUCUUACGGGUUCAAAUCGGUAUUUUACUUCUUCUCAUAAGCUUCAUCUAAAGAAAUUUGAAUUUUUAGUGAUUCUGUCGAGUUCUUCUCGAUAAUUCGUAUUCUUCGGUUGUUCAAACUCACUCAGCACUCCACGGGCCUCAAAAUAUUGAUUCAGACUUUCAAAGCGUCAGCUCAGGUUUCUUUGUUAUAGACUUGAAAAAUUGAAGAAAAAGGGAAAAAUUUGAUUAACUGGCUUAAUCGAUGAGUUCUUGUACAUUAUAAUACUUCAAAACGAAUCUUUAAUUUUCAGCUUAUUAUCGAUUUUCCCAAUUUUUUCUUUUCUCAGUCACUCUUGCGAAAAAUUAUUUUUUUUUUCAAGCUUCAAUUCAAAACACUAUUUCUUACUUUUCCAGUCUUGUCUAUUUAUUCAUUUUUCCAGGAACUCUUUCUUUUUGGUCUUUUUUUCGUCCUAUUGGGAAUCGUCAUUUUUGCUGCUUUGGUUUAUUAUGCCGAGCGAGUCGAGGAUAAUCGCGAAAAUCAAUUUUCUUCGAUUCCAGUCGGCCUUUGGUGGGCCGUAAUCACCAUUUGUACGAUUGGAUUCGGCGACUUUGGUACGAUAUUUUUAUAGCUUGAAAAGUCAUUAAUUUGACCCGAUUGAAAUAUUUUGACUUUUCCUAGAUAAAUUUAGAACAAAAAUGGGAAAAAAAACGCAGAUUGGGGGCGCAAAAAGUCUGCAAACACGCAGAGUGCACAUGCCAAAUGCGGACUUUCACAUACAGUAAUCUUCAGAAAAGAAAGGCUCGUCUGUCGUAGAAGAACAUAUUUUUCGGUCAUCAGUAUCUUCUUACCACCAAAAUUACAGGUACCUCAGACCUACCUCGGAAGAUUGGUCGGAUCAGUUUGCGCCUUGAUGGGAGUCCUUACAAUCGCCUUGCCCGUGCCGGUCAUCGUCUCCAACUUUGCCAUGUUCUAUUCGCACGCUCAAGCUAGGUUCGCACCUGGAUUUUACCUGAAGUAAUGAGAAGGUACAGGUCAAAGCUGCCAAAGAAGCGAAGAAGAGUUUUGCAACCGCACGAGAUCAACAAACCGCCCGUGGUUGUGGGUCGGUCCACGACGGCCGUUCUUUUGGGAUCUUUGGGCCCGAAAAGGCCUGGCGCGGGUCCUGUUGCCGAUGGAAUUGGUCAGAUCUUACUGAAAGUUCUAAAUUCAGGCUUCGCACAAUGGUUUUUAUGAAAUAAUCAUCAAAAAAAUUAAACCUUUUUCUUUUCAAAAUCUUGUCAUUUAAAAGAUUUUCUUUUUCGAAAUAAUCUUUUCUUUCAGGACCUCUCUCGCCGUUCACAGCCACUCCGUUGCUCGUCUGCCCACCAAACUCUAA